CCGUGCGCGCUUGGAGAGAGCAGCACCUCUCCACCUGAACAGACCUGAAUGAUUCAGCCGUUUCACGGAGGAAAACACUACAAGUACAUUUAGACAUUUAUUAGGUGUACAAAUAGUGGCUUUCUUGGUUGGCCAGAUGUGGAUGCUAUAGUCAUAUAAACUUGUGCUUUUCUCAAAGAAAACAAUGGUGAUUACGUGCGCAUUGCAAAACAACGCCUUAUGUGAACUCUUCUAAACUGUAAUCGGGGAUGAAGGUGAUGUGCUGGCUCUUGAUGUUGGAUCUUAGACAAAGAGACAUUGAGUCAUCUAAUCCUUAUUGAUCACAGAAACGGAGAAGAUUCUGAUCAAUUCGUGGAAGCGCUCCUGAGACCCAGAGGACCGUGCGUUGCGUUUGAGCCCUUUGGUGACUCAAAAGUCAGCGGUUCCUUGCCAAGUCGGUGCCUGUCUCUAAAUAUGGCAACUCAGGGGCCCAUGUGCAACACCUCAAUCUCAGACUAUGCAAACCAGUCCAAUGAAUUCACCAAUAUUUCCCUUCAACUGAAUGGAAGCUUGAUGGCCGAGGAAGACAGCACAAAGGUCCUGGCCGUAAUCUACCUCGUGGUGUUCGUCGUGGGUUUGACGGGCAACUCUCUGGCCAUUUUCGUGGUCCUGCGCUACACCAAAAUGAAGACGGUCACCAACAUGUACAUCUUAAACCUGGCAGUGGCUGACGAGCUGUACAUCCUGGGACUUCCAUUUCUCACCACCCACAAUGUGCUCGCCUACUGGCCAUUUGGCAACUUCCUCUGCCGUAUUCUGAUGUGGGCAGACUCCAUCAGUCAAUUUACUAGCACAUUCUGUCUGACAGUAAUGAGCAUUGAUCGCUAUAUGGCUGUGGUACAUCCUAUCCGCAGCACGAGGUGGCGGCGGCCCAGUGUUGCCAAGGUGAUAAAUAGCAUGGUAUGGGCACUGUCCUGUCUGCUGACACUGCCAGUCAUCAUUUACUGUGACGUUCAGCCAGAGCUCAACACCUGCAACCUGAGCUGGCCUGAACCACGUGACGUGUGGUCGACCGCGUUCAUUCUCUACACUGCCAUAUUAGGUUUCUUCUGCCCACUUCUGGUCAUCUGCCUGUGUUACCUGCUUAUUGUAAUCAAGGUAAAGUCCGCCGGUGCGCGAGCGGGACUCUCCAAACGCCGCAAGUCUGAGAAGAAAGUGACGAGAAUGGUGGUGAUCAUCGUGGUGGUGUUUGUCAUGUGCUGGCUGCCGUUUUUCAUACUCAACAUCCUCAACCUGAUCAGCACCCUCCCAGAGAACAGCCUUGUCACUGGCGUCUACUUUCUCACCGUCAUCCUGACCUACGUCAACAGCUGCGCCAAUCCGCUGCUCUAUGGCUUUCUGUCGGACAACUUUAAGCGGAGCUUCCAGCAAGUGCUGUGCAUCCACAGGGUCAACGAGGUCAGCAACGGUCACCCUGCUCGUCAGCGCCUCAGCAGAACCCAACAGAAUGAGGCCUCCUUCCCUCCAAGAAGCUUUGAUUUCAACGACCAUGUCCAGAGCUAUCAAUCCAUUGGUUUGGAGGCUGAGGCCUGUGAUAAAUUGGAAAACCACCGACCUGGACCACAGCCGAGCAGCCAGUCCAUUUAAAAUCUGAAAGUUGGAUGGAUCUCCUUUUUUUUUUUACACUAUAUUCUUUUUGUUCUGUUUGAGUCGGUCGACCAAUCAACGUCAUUAUCACACGACUUUAUAUAAAGUUAUUGUUGUUUAUGCCUAGAUCAAACACAACCAGAAUACAUUUCCAUAUAAAUAUCACUUUCCGAUGAGAAGAUAUCGGUGAUGUUAUAUACAGUAUGACUGUAAAUAUGUAUUAUAAUGGCAAAUGGCUCAUCAUUUUGUUCAGCAUGACUGAAUAAAACUGGGAAACUGUUCACCCACGACCUUUGGACCAAUUUGGACAGUUGAGAGAGGAAGUGGCUUCUGCUGUUACAUUUUGAUGGAUCAUUGCUAAUUUGGUGGCGGUUCUUAACAUUUUCACUCUCGAACAAGCUCUCCUGGUGAUUUUCUGCAUUUCAAAGCAGAGUGAUACACAAGGUUUGGUAGAAAUGCCAAACAGCCUAUUUAUUAAAGACAGAAUGUCUUAUUUAUGAUGGAUGAAGACUCUUAGUUAGAGCUGAAGCAAUGGCCAAAACAUCCUGAGAUGUUCGAGAUGUUUUUUUUUCUUUAGUCGGGGUUGAUAAGGUGUACCUGUGUUAUGCUACCUUAGUCUUGAUGUUGUUUGUAUCAUUCCUAAUAAACUUGGAUAUACAGGAUUACAAUAAGUUUCAAAUCGAAACAUGGGAAUCUUGUAAUAAUUCUGUAGGAAAAGACAUGUGUGUUAUUAGAUUAUUAUGUGCUGUAUAGUAAACAAUACUGUAAAGUUAAUUACUUUAAAUAGAGGUCCAGGCCACCUGUUAACCUGUCAAUCACACUGUUCAGUUCUACAAGUACAUAAACUGCUGCUUACAAGUACAUUAAACAGUGUAUUAAACAGCUGCUUACAAGGAUUAAAAAAUAUCUCCAUCCGUUAACAUCUCA